CAUAUAGUUCUAAAAUGCGAGUACAUUAACCUUAGUCUGAUGCCGACUUCCUUUUUAGAGCUCCCCUAUACACUAGCCAUUAACAGUGAUAAAAAGAUUUCAUCAUUUUUUCUAUCAAUCGUUAAAAUAAUCCAAGUCCUGGCCUGAAUUUGCUGAAUCUCUUUAGAUCCAAUUUGGUUAUUAAUAGAUUACGAGCAAAAUGUUUAUUGUAUUUCCAUUUCAAUGAUCAACCGAUCGAUAUCGACAAUGAAAUACCAAAUGUGGCAUGUAGUAUGUGUGCUAUUCGCUAUAAGUGUGCUUCAAGGUUGUGUUCUCGCGGAUUACUGGUCAGAACGAGAGACUCUGAUCCAAAAUGAUAAGAACUACGGUUUGGGUGCAACCCUUAAGCUUACCGAGAAGGAACAAAGAGUUAACGAUGUUCUUAUGAGGUACAAACUGUCGGAAUAUGAUGCUGGAUUAAAAGAUCUGGAUACGUUUCUGGCAGCGCAACACUACUUUAAGGUGAAAGACAAGAUUCAGUAUUCGAAAGUGUUCGAUAUAAUAAAGAGAAUUCCUAAAGGUGCGUCUCUACAUUCGCAUGAUGAGGCCCUCGUGUCUGAGGACUAUUUGUUCAGUUUAACCUACAGGGACAAUCUUUAUGGUUGUAUAGAUGGUGAUGACUUCAAGUUGAACUUCUUUCAAAAGAAUAAUAUCAGCGACUCAUGUAACUGGAAAUUGCUCGGUGACAUGAGAAAAUCUGAUGCCAAGUUUGAUCACUUUCUGAAAUCAAAAUUGACAAUUAUCACAGACGAUCCAGACAAAAGCUAUCCUGACAUAAACAAAGUUUGGAAAUGUUUUCAGGGGAUUUUCAAAUCGAUUAUGGGCUUAAUAACAUACAAACCGGUAUUUGAAGAUUACUUCUAUAGAGCACUCAAGGAACUGUACGACGACAACAUUAAGUACAUGGAACUUCGCGGUUUUCUUCCGCAAGUAUAUGACUUAGAAGGCAACAUUUACAAUCAAGAAGAAGUGGUAGGAAUCUACGCAAACGUUUUGAAGAGAUUCCAAAAAGACUACCCCGAUUUUUUUGGCGCCAAAUUUAUCUACGCCCCCAGUCGACAUAUCGAUAACUCUACAAUGGACACAUUUGUUGAGACUUUUAGAAAAAUCAAAAAGCUGUAUCCUGAUUUCGUUGCUGGGUUUGAUUUAGUAGGUCAGGAAGAUAUGGGUCAACCACUAACAGCCUUUUUGUCCCAAUUGAUAGAAAUCAAAAAUCUUGGAGCCAAAUUCUUCUUUCACGCUGGCGAGACAAACUGGUACGGAGAAACAGACCUCAACUUAUUCGAUGCCAUCUUGUUAAACUCCACCCGAAUUGGACAUGGAUAUGCCGUACUAAAACAUCCUCUAGCAGCAAAAUACGUCAAAGAAAAACAGAUUGCCUUAGAGAUAUGCCCCAUUUCGAACCAAGUCCUCAAGUUGGUUACGGAUUUAAGAAACCAUCCCGGCAAUUUGUUGAUCGCUAAUGGUUUUCCGGUGGUUAUUGCUUCGGAUGAUCCCUCCUUUUGGGGAGCCAAGGGUCUUAGUGAUGACUGGUAUAUGGCUUUUAUGGGAAUGACUAGCAGGGAGACAGAUCUGCGUUUUCUAAAACAACUAGCUAUUAACUCGAUUGUUUAUAGUAGCUUGGAUGAUAUUCAGAAAAAUGCAGCGCUAUCCUUAUGGCAAAAUGAUUGGAAUGUGUUCAUAGAAAAUAUGCUGAUUCGAUUUAGGCAUAGGAAUUAAUAUUUAAAGACAAUGAUUUAAAAAGUUUUGUAAUAUACUUUCUU